AUGGCAAACUCUCACAAACCAGUCGCGUUUGCGCUCGCACUUGUAUCGGUGCUUUGUAUUGCACUCACCGUUCGCUCCCUCGCCGAUAUAUCUUCUCCUCCUCCUUCUCCUUCUUUUGAAAGUACAGACCCAUGCACGAUCCUCAGUCAUUUAGAAACGACAGAGAUUACUAGGCGAGAUGUCGCAGCUUGCUACAAAUCCAUCGAAUUCAAUCCGGAUUUCGCCAACAUCACACUUGAUUCGCUCCAGACCCUUUUCAACGACUUCUUUAUCUUCCGAGAUUCUGCUCUGACGCCUAAUUUGACACAGCCUUUUUCGAGUGAACCUGUUGAUGCCUUGGCUCGUAUUGAACAGAUCCGCCAAACAAAAUAUUUCGCGGAUUUUGAUUUUCAAGAGGACCUGAUCAUGCUAGCAGAAUCACUCAACGACGCUCAUGUUUCCUACUGGCCAACGUGCUAUACCUCGUUCAUAUUUAUGCAGCCGUUUACACUCUAUGCCCCAGUUGUGAACAGCAAGCAGUCCAUCCGAGUAUUUGAUAUGAGUGGCAGUGAUAUUCAUGACUGUGAAGUGCUGACUAUCAAUGAACAAGACGCGCAGUCGCAUAUUCAAGCUUGGGCAGACAAGUAUACGGGAGAAUCCAAGGACCCUGGCGCUCGGUUUAAUUUAGCACUUGGGGAAGUUUACCGUGAUCCCGAGACACAGAAUUGGGAUAUGUAUAUGAUGGGUCUAUUUUCCGCAAGAAAUCGUCUACCAGAAACCGAUGAUCUGAUCUACCACUUACGAUGUGACAGCAAUGACAACAAUGUAAACGGUCCCAAAGACAUGAAGUUCCGUGUCCCAUGGCUGGUCGUUGAUGGACCAACCCCUGGAACGUUCAAGGAUACAACUUCGUUCUUGGAAAACGUUUGCUAUGCCACAUCUCAAUCCCAACUCACUUCUGAGGAUGCUCCACUUGCCUUAAGGACAGUCAACAAAGUGUAUCGCAAAGCCGGUCUAAAAUCAAUGGAGUCAAGCACACGAGUAAGCGCAAGGAGGGAUGCCGUAGCUGUGUACCAACUAAUGUCAAGGCCAAAUGUGGGCAUCCUAGCUAUAUCUUCCCUAGAAUGGGAAGAUGAUGAGGUAGAGGUCUCAGCGAUCCAAUCAUAUUUGGAGAUGCUGGCACAGAGAAGCGUGACCCAUAUCAUUAUUGAUACUACAGGCAAUACUGGAGGCUAUAUCUCUUCUAUGACAAAUCUGGUUAACGUUUUUUUCCCCUCUGAGGACAAACAAACAAACUCUCACCCGGCUCGCUUCCGACUUAUAGCUGAAGUCUCGAAACUAGCGGCUGCUGAUCUAGACAACCCAGCAAAAGUUCACAACGACGAUUUGUUCCGACAGCCUGUGUCCUUGAAAAUCAAUGAUCGGGUUGCUGAAUACACAGAUCUGUUUUUUAUGGCCGAAGACUACGUUUUACCUCUCAACAAUACCAAUAACCAGACAUUGGCAGGAAGAACACAACAUCCAUGGUUGCAUAAUGCUGCCAAUAUCACGAUCCUGACAAGUGGCCUAUGUGGCUCUGCAUGUGGCAUGUUUAGUGACCUCCUUGUACGUCAACAUGGGGUUAAGGCUGUAGCGGUUGGUGGCUACCAUCAUCCAAGGAACAACAACACCACCGGGGAUAAUGGCAGUGGCAGGAACAACACUAGUGACUAUGUGUCUGAGGCUCUGUCCAUGUUUUCGUAUGCUGGUGGAUCGAUUAUAACAUUGGACGAGCUAAUUGAGAGCUUUGAGGAUUUGUCAGUACUUCCACCUCCAAAAUUGAUGCGUUUGCCGUACAAGGGCUUUUGCUCCAUUCCUUUUAUUGAGAUCUAUGCUGGCAAUGACACGAUUCCAUUAGAUUAUAGCCCAGCAAGACAUAUUGCGGCUCAUCGGCUUGCCUAUACCCCAGAGAAUGCAUGGAACCGAGACAGCUUAUGGACUGCUGUUGCAGACACUGUCUGGGCCAUAUAA